UACAAUUCCUAAUGACGUAAGCACUGGCGGAGCAGAGAGCGGUGGGCGGGGCUUUUCCAGAUAGAGUUGUAGAACCCCUAGGUCGGCAAAUGUUGAGGUCUGGCAGACCGCGUUCACUGCUAAAAAUGUAGCGCAGAGUGGAUCUAAACAACCUGUAUCUUCAAUGGUCCUUAUUAAUCCAAUAUGAAAAAGCAUACACAGUUGCAACAAAUGGACACUGCUAUUUACAUGCUUCCAGUUUUGGGAACUUGUUUUCAGCUCCCCUGAGUCAUUAGUGGUUUAUGGGUAAUUCUGGGUUUUACCUCUGAAUACAUUGCUUGGUGUGCAUCAGAGGAGACAUGGCCCGAAAUUCUCGCCGUGGUUCCAAGUACAAGGCAGACGCCAACCACGAUGCUGAUUUUGGCUGCACACUUCAAGAGCUUCGGUUGCUCAUGGAACUCCGAGGUACUGAGGGAGUACAAAGAAUCCAGGAGUGUUAUGGAGAUAUCCAAGGACUCUGCUCCAGGUUAAAAUCAUCACCCAUAGAUGGGCUGAGCAUAAAUGCUGAUGACCUUGCAAGAAGAAAAGAACUAUUUGGAAAAAAUUUCAUACCUCCAAAAAAGCCAAAAACAUUCCUUCAGUUAGUGUGGGAAGCACUGCAGGAUGUGACACUAAUUAUUUUGGAAGUUGCAGCCGUGAUCUCCUUAGGCCUUUCUUUCUAUAGACCUCCAGAUGCUGAAAGAGAAAACUGUGGAAGAGCUGCAGGAGGAGUGGAGGAUGACAGUGAAGCAGAUACAGGAUGGAUAGAGGGUGCUGCCAUCCUUUUGUCCGUCAUAUGCGUGGUGCUCGUCACUGCCUUUAAUGACUGGAGCAAAGAAAAGCAGUUUCGUGGCUUGCAGAACCGCAUUGAACAGGAGCAAAAGUUCACAGUUGUACGAGGAGGCCAAGUCAUUCAGGUUCCUGUGUUCGAGAUUGUUGUUGGAGACAUCACUCAAGUAAAAUAUGGUGACCUCCUUCCUGCUGACGGCGUACUAAUCCAAGGAAAUGAUCUAAAAAUUGACGAGAGCUCCCUCACAGGAGAGUCUGACCAUGUCAGAAAGACACUGGACAAAGAUCCCAUGCUACUCUCAGGCACUCAUGUUAUGGAGGGGUCAGGAAAGAUGUUGGUCACUGCAGUGGGCUUGAAUUCUCAGACUGGUAUCAUCUUCAGCCUCCUCGGUGCAGGAGAGGAUGAAGGAGAGGAUGAAAAAGAAGAAAAGGAGCGGAAGAAAAAGAAGAAGGAGGAAAAGAAGAAAGAAAAAGAAAGGCAAAAGAUGGAGAGAAAAGACAAGAAGGACAAAAGAACAGACAGACAGCAAGAUGUAUCGGACAAAUACAAUGAUAAAGAUGGAGUAGGUGCUGAAGGCCAGAUUCUCAGCAGUGAGGAUGGGACAGUGGUUGAGGACAAAAAGAAAUCCAGUCUGCCAAAGAAAGAAAAAUCUGUACUUCAAGGGAAGCUCACCAAAUUAGCUGUGCAAAUUGGAAAAGCAGGCCUUUUCAUGUCAGCCAUCACAGUCAUUAUCUUGGUGGUGCUCUUUUUGGUGGACACUUUCUAUAUCCAAGGACUUCCAUGGAUUAAAGACUGCACCCCUAUCUAUAUCCAGUUCUUUGUCAAGUUCUUCAUUAUUGGAGUCACUGUGUUGGUCGUUGCUGUGCCUGAGGGACUUCCUCUUGCUGUCACCAUCUCAUUAGCGUACUCUGUCAAAAAAAUGAUGAAUGAUAACAACUUGGUCAGACACUUGGACGCAUGUGAGACGAUGGGAAAUGCCACUGCCAUCUGCUCAGAUAAGACGGGCACGUUAACCAUGAACAGAAUGACUGUGGUGCAGGUGUAUGUGGGAGACAGACACUACAGGAGGGUACCUGAACCUGACCUCGUUCACAGCAAGAUCUUGGAUCUACUGAUCAUUGGCAUUAGUGUUAACUGUGCAUAUACUUCUAAGAUCAUGCCACCUGAGAAGGAAGGUGGACUACCUCGUCAGGUGGGGAACAAAACGGAAUGUGCCUUGCUGGGGUUUACGCUUGACUUGGGCCGAGACUACCAAAUCAUCCGCAAAGAAUAUCCAGAAGAGAAGCUUUUCAAAGUAUACACCUUCAACUCUGCGAGAAAAUCCAUGAGCACAGUGCUGAAAAAUUAUGAUGGAAGUUACCGGAUGUUCAGCAAAGGAGCCUCUGAAAUUCUCCUGAAGAAGUGCUGUAAAAUCUUAACAGCUAGCGGUGAUUCCAUGGUCUUCAAGCCUAGAGAUCGAGACGACGUGCUGAAUAACGUGAUCGAGCCCAUGGCUUUAGACGGUUUGAGGACAAUCUGCCUGGCCUACAGGGAUUUUCCUGCCUCAGAGGGGGAACCAGACUGGGACAAUGAGGCCGACAUCCUCACAGGCCUCACUUGCAUCUGUGUCGUGGGCAUUGAAGAUCCUGUACGGCCAGAGGUCCCUGAUGCCAUUAAAAAAUGCCAGCGGGCAGGAAUCACAGUACGUAUGGUCACCGGCGACAACAUUAACACUGCCCGCACUAUUGCCAGUAAGUGUGGCAUCCUCAGUCCUGGAGAUGAUUUCCUUUGCCUUGAGGGCAAAGAAUUCAACAGGCGAAUACGCAAUGAACUAGGAGAGAUUAAACAAGAGCGUAUUGACAAGAUUUGGCCUAAACUGCGUGUGUUGGCAAGAUCCUCUCCCACAGAUAAGCAUACAUUAGUAAAAGGUAUAAUCGAUAGCACAGCUUUAGAGCAAAGGCAAGUAGUAGCUGUAACAGGAGAUGGAACAAAUGAUGGCCCUGCCUUGAAGAAAGCUGAUGUUGGCUUUGCCAUGGGCAUUGCUGGAACAGAUGUAGCCAAAGAGGCCUCCGACAUUAUCUUGACAGAUGACAACUUCACCAGCAUAGUGAAAGCUGUGAUGUGGGGACGAAAUGUCUAUGACAGCAUCUCAAAGUUCCUGCAAUUUCAACUGACAGUCAAUGUAGUGGCUGUAGUCGUGGCAUUCACUGGCGCCUGUAUCCUACAGGACUCUCCACUAAAAGCAGUCCAGAUGUUGUGGGUAAACCUGAUCAUGGACACAUUUGCAUCACUGGCUCUGGCCACCGAGCCACCCACUGAGGCUUUACUGCUGAGGAAACCCUACGGUCGCAACAAGCCCCUAAUCUCCAGAACCAUGAUGAAGAACAUUUUGGGUCAUGCUGUAUACCAACUCACUAUCAUCUUUACUCUGUUGUUUGCUGGUGAGAAGAUCUUUGAUAUUGACAACGGCAGGAAUGCUCCUUUACAUGCCCCUCCUUCAGAACACUACACAAUCGUCUUCAAUACCUUUGUCAUGAUGCAACUCUUCAAUGAGUUCAACGCUCGCAAGAUCCAUGGCGAGAGGAAUGUGUUUGAUGGCAUCUUCAACAACCUGAUCUUCUGCUCCAUUGUUUUUGGCACAUUUGUUAUCCAGAUUGUGAUUGUGCAAUUUGGUGGAAAGCCCUUCAGUUGUGUAGGACUUAGUAUUGAACAGUGGCUUUGGUGUGUCUUUCUUGGCUUUGGGUGCCUCAUCUGGGGUCAGUUGAUAACCACGAUUCCCACAAGUCGGUUGAAGUUCCUGAAGACUGCUGGCCAUGGUACCCAGAAGGAGGAGAUCCCAGAAGAGGAACUGGAGGAGAUGGAGGCACUGGAUGAGAUCGACCAUGCUGAGAUGGAAUUGAGAAGAGGACAGGUCCUCUGGUGCAGGGGCCUCAACAGAAUCCAGACACAAAUUCGUGUGGUAAAUGCCUUCCGGGAAGCCUUGUCCCCUUAUGAAGGCUUGGAAACUCCAGAAUCUAGAAGCUCCAUCCACAACUUCAUGACCCACCCAGAGUUCCGCAUUGAAGACUCUGAUCUGGCCAUUCCCCUAAUUGAUGAAACAGAGUCUGAGGAAGAUGGACCAAGAAAAUGCAGUUUUGUACCAUCAGCCAUUCCUUCUCGCAUAUCUUCACCUAACCAGAACAAUAAUUCUGCCAACAGCAGAACAUUUCAUCACUACAAGGACUUAAAGACCAUUCCUCAAACCCCUGGUAGUCCCAUGCACAGUCUGGAGACAUCACUGUGAUUUUACUCAUGCUAAAAACCCUGCUAAGAUCACAUCUAUACCAACCAUGCUAUGACCAUGUCAACAAAGAGCACAACCAGGAGGUCUGGUGAAUUUGAUUUCUUCAAGUACGACAUUCCUGGAUCAAAAUCCCUUUGUUGUUACUAAAAAAUUAUUUAUCUAAUCACUGCCUAAUGUAAUAAGGGUGUGCCUUUUACUCCUCACUUGAGCAUUUGUCCCAAAUAUAUUGCAACUCUGCAUUUCAGUUCUUAACAGUUUACAUGAAUCCGUAAUGAAGCCUGACGCUGCACCACUUUUAUCAUAUUUUGGUAGAUAUGUAGUCUUCUACACUAAGUACUGGAGAACUUAGCUGAACUAACCUUAACAAACUACUGAAUGCUUAUUCAGGUUUCAGCGAAUAUUGUCAGGUUUUUUUUUGUUUGUUUUUAAACAAAUAAACAAUAUUGAUUUACAUUUAUUCAGUGUAGCGCUAGACAGUAACUUUCUUCUGGAAACCGACAAAAAUGUGUCUGGAUGGCAUUUUCAAGAGGAAAAAAGAAUCAGAGGGUGGGUGUGAGUUUAAUGUGAUUGAGUAAAAUAAAUUUUCUAAAAACAACAAGGUGAUGUUGGUUAACAACACAUUUGAAGAAAUCAUGUUCACAGAGGAGGCAACUGGGUGUUCUUGUAGUGAAAUGGGGAUUUUCUGUCUGUGGAUAUAUUUGGUCUGAAAAUGUAGUUAAUCUUUUGAUUCGUUUGUAAAUAUUGUCAUCCCAGGGGAUCUAUAAACAAUAAAAGAUUCCUGGUUAAUGCAUUUUCCUCCAGACAAUUUUUUAGUGAUUGACAUUGGAUUCAGAGUUCGACCCAAAUUGCUUAUUCCCCCAUGCUUUUUUUUUAAUUAAACACUUUGACAUAUUAUGAAUUUGUUGUUUAUAUUAUAGUUGAAAUGGUCUGUUUACAUGCUUUUGGAGAAUCUUACCUUGCAUGAACUCGGGAUACAUAUGAGGUUUAAACAUGGUUGCUGCUGUAUCUGUAUGUGAGCUUUUUAAGGAGUAUACCAAUUGAUAGAACUAUGUUAAGCCUUCAGACUUUUGUUCAAGUUUAGUUGAGUCUGGAAUAAAUUGGAGGAAAGAGUUGUCACUCAAUAUGCAAUUUAAGCACAAAAACUUUAAAAUUAAUAAAAACUUUGUACACUAUAGACUAAUACUUAACUGUUCUGUUCAAGUGAUUGAAAGUGUUUGUACAUUGAACACUACCACCUGCCUUUUUGAUCAUUGCAUUGAUCUUUGUCUCAGGCUUAAGUUCAGCAGUCCCUGGUUAUUUUAUCGUAAACAAUAAACAUAUUCGGCACAAUGAUGCCAAAUCAGAGUAGCUGCACUACAUAAGAACUUGAAAUAUAUUAAGUGUUUUAAAUUUAGAUACUUUAAGCUAAAUUUGAUGUAGUUUUGUAAUUUCUUUCCAUUGAUACUCUCAGAUAGUGCCCUGCGAUGGGUUAGCACCCUGUCCAGGGUGUCCCAUGGGUUGUGCCCUGAGUUCCCUGGGAUAGGCUCCAGGCUCUCCUGUGACCUUGUGUAGGAUAAGCACUAUGGAAAAUGGAUGGAUACUCACAGAUAUUGUUUACUUCUAAAAGAUGAGCACACUGUUUUUUUUUGUUUGUUUAUUUUUUUUUAAAACCAAAUUAUCCCACAGACCCUUUGGCAAUAUAACAAAUUGACAAUCGGUAUAUUUCUUUAGCAAAAGUACAGAAGUUUUUCACGUCAUGACUUGAAAAUGUUGGCUUCUGCUGAGAAUUUUAAAAGGCAAUAGGCUAUGUUCUGUUGUGUUGCACAUAAUGUUAGAAAAGGCUCUUUGAUUCUGUUUGUUUCACUGUAGUUUCAUUCCUAUUUUGGGAAUUAAUGUUGAUCUGUCUGUUUAUGGAUUUUUUUUUCUAUCGUAAUAUGUCAAUUACUUACGGUCUUAUCGUGAUCAGUGUAAACUGUGAUUGUGGUUCAAUUUACAUUUUGUAAGUGUGAGUAAUGUGUGUGUUUGGCAAUAAAAUGUGUAUUUAGUUAAAAAAAAUUCACACAAUAUU